GGCUGGGAGGGGGGGAGGUCGGGGUGGGGGGGAUGGAUCGGGCGCGGCGGCCGCAGCGCCAGGAGCCGGCGCUUGAGCGCGAGCGACGGCGCUGGAGGAGACGCCGGCUGCUCCUCCCCUCCCCGCCGGAUCCCAUUCAGGAUGGCGCAUUACGUUCAAUAGUCAUGUCUCCUUGGCCCCUCUUGAUCGAGGCAGUAUGUCAGACUUCCCUUGUUUUUAAUGGCCUUGGCAAUUUUGAAGAUAACUGAUCAGCAGGUAUUACUCUCUUGAGAAGACACACCAACAGUUAGCACUUUCUUCAGAUUCUGACAGUUGGCGAACAGCUGCUAUUGAUCAUAAGACUUAGAAGACAGUCUCCAUCUUCCCAGAUUGGAUGUCUUUUCACAUGGAUUUUCUAUUUCUCUGUCUUUUAAAAAAAUAAAAUUUGGGAACAUUCUGGAUUACAACUGUUCAUCCUCAUCUAUGCAAAGGAAGGAAAGCUGUUGUGCUUGGAUUUUGAGGAGCUUUCCCUAAAAGGAUUCCAGAACACCUUAGAAGUGCUUGAGGAAGAGUGAUAAAGCUCUGAAUCGUGUCCUGCAGCAGAUCCGCGUGCCGCCCAAGAUGAAGAGAGGGACGAGCCUGCACAGCAGGCGGGGCAAGCCAGAGGCCCCAAAGGGAAGUCCCCAGAUCAACAGGAAAUCUGGCCAGGAGAUGGCAACUGUCAUGCAGUCCGGCCGACCCAGGUCUUCAUCCACUACUGACGCUCCUUCCAGCUCUGUGGUGAUGGAAAUAGCUUGUGCCGCUGCCGCUGCUGCUGCGUGUCUGCCAGGGGAUGAGGCGUCUGCAGAGCGGAUCGAGCGGUUGGAAGUGAGCAGCCUUGCCCAGACCUCCAGUGCGGUGGCCUCCAGCACAGAUGGCAGCCUGCACACAGACUCGGUGGAUGGAACCCCAGACCCUCAGCGCACAAAGGCUGCUAUUGCCCACCUGCAGCAGAAGAUCCUGAAGCUCACGGAACAAAUCAAGAUUGCACAGACGGCCCGGGACGACAACGUGGCUGAGUACCUGAAGCUGGCCAACAGCGCGGACAAGCAGCAGGCCGCCCGCAUCAAGCAGGUCUUUGAGAAGAAGAACCAGAAGUCCGCCCAGACCAUCCAGCAGCUGCAGAAGAAGCUCGAGCACUACCACAGGAAGCUCCGGGAGGUGGAGCAGAAUGGGAUCCCCCGGCAGCCAAAGGACGUCUUCAGGGACAUGCACCAGGGGCUGAAGGACGUGGGCGCCAAGGUGACUGGCUUCAGCGAAGGCGUGGUGGACAGCGUCAAGGGGGGGCUGUCCAGCUUCUCCCAGGCAACCCACUCGGCCGCCGGGGCCGUGGUCUCCAAGCCCAGAGAGAUCGCAUCUCUAAUUCGGAAUAAGUUUGGCAGUGCCGACAACAUCCCCAACCUGAAGGACUCUUUAGAGGAAGGGCAGGUGGACGAAGCAGGGAAGGCCUUGGGGGCCAUUUCCACCUUUCAGUCCAGCCCCAAGUAUGGGAGUGAGGAGGACUGUUCCAGCGCCACCUCGGGCUCAGUGGGCGCCAACAGCACCGCCGGCGGCCUCGCCGUAGGAGCGUCCAGCUCCAGAACCAACACCCUGGACAUGCAGAGCUCAGGGUUCGAUGCACUGCUGCACGAGGUCCAGGAGAUCCGGGAAACCCAGGCCCGACUCGAGGAAUCUUUUGAGACCCUCAAGGAACAUUAUCAGAGGGACUAUUCGCUAAUAAUGCAGGCCUUACAGGAGGAGCGAUAUAGAAAGUCAUCAUUCUCCAGAUGUGAACGAUUAGAAGAACAACUGAAUGACCUAACAGAGCUCCACCAGAAUGAAAUCUUGAACUUGAAGCAGGAAUUGGCCAGCAUGGAAGAGAAAAUUGCGUAUCAGUCCUACGAACGGGCCCGGGACAUCCAGGAGGCCCUGGAGGCGUGCCAGACCCGCAUCUCCAAGAUGGAGCUGCAGCAGCAGCAGCAGCAGGUGGUUCAGCUGGAGGGGCUGGAGAACGCCACUGCCCGGAACCUGCUGGGCAAGCUCAUCAACAUCCUCCUGGCGGUCAUGGCAGUCCUUUUGGUCUUCGUGUCCACGGUCGCCAACUGCGUGGUCCCACUCAUGAAGACUCGCAGCAGGACGUUCAGCACGUUGCUCCUCGUGGUGUUCAUCGCCUUUCUCUGGAAGCACUGGGACGCCCUCCUGGGCUACGUGCAGCGCUUCUUCUCCUCACCCAGAUGAUGCUGCCGGCGCCCGGAACGCAGUGCUCCCCUCCCCUCCGGCGAGUGCAUGCGGCGAAGACUUAGACGGCCACUUCCCUCCUCUGGAGUUUUCUACAGCAACAAAAGAGUUGAGUGAAUCUGUUUACAUUUAGAAUAAUGGUUUUUUUUCUUCUUCUUCUUCCUCAAAAGACGCAAUUGCAAUAGUAUUUUUUAGAUUUUAUCCAAGAAGUUUUUUGGGCAACAAUCUUGGAUCACUUUUAUGUAGCAUGAUUUUCCUUGGGAUGCAAAUCUGAAAACAGUCCUUCCACAUGAACCCACCGUCUGGAGCACACUGAAGGGCAUUCUAAAUUGUGGCUUGAAGGACUGCACUAAAACCCACUAAAAAGAUGCGCGAACACCUGACUAGGGAAACCAGUUGAACCUAACACCCUGCCUUGUCUGGGCUCACCGCCUCUCCCCGUCCCAGACUAAUUUUACUGUGAAGUCCUACCACAUUCCAUGUCUGAGUUUCUGCGCUCGGGGUGGAUUUUCCUUGUCCAUGGAAGAACACGUGGAUCUCCCUGGCUUUCUCACCCAAGUUGGCCACUCAGGCUAACCCUGGAAAUAUGAUCAGUUUGGAGCCUGGUCCCGUAACCUUUGCUAGGAUACAAAAGAGGACGUCACACCCCAAGGAUCACUGCACAGUCCUACUACAGUAUUUUGAAGUAGCCCUCUAACUACUUAAUUUUAAACAAAUCCCAUGGCCGCACUUUUAAGGUUUUUUUUUAAAAAGAUGUGUAUAGUCACCAACUUAAAAAAACAAACAAACAAAAAAAUCCGAACAGCAUACUUGAAGAAUGUAAUACUCAAACUCUCAGUGCUUCCUUAUGGUUUCUAAUAGGAUUUUUUAUUAUUGUUAUUAUUAUUAUUGGGUUUUUUUGGAAAGGGUUGGGAGGGUCUUUUUUUUUUUUUUUCCUCCUUUGAAAUAAAGAAGUGCUGUUUUUAAAUGAAGAGAUGUGUGGAUAUUUAAGUGUGCUGCCCCCUCUUGUCCUGAAACAGUUUGAGGAAAGGAGAACUUGCUGUGAAUGCCACUCUCUGAUGCCCUCGUCUGAGACUCGGCUUCAGCUCCCCCAUCUCUGGCUGCUGCUGCUGCUUUCUGGUGUCCUGCCCCUCCACGCCUCCCCCCGAUGGGCUUGGCUUGGUUGGAGAGGAAAGGGGUGCUCAGGCAGAGGGGAGGUGGUCUCCGCAAACCAGCGUGACAGGGUAGAGACGUUCCUGCCCCAAGACAGGUUCACCCAGUGACUUUGGGCUGGGGUUGUCUCUAGGAAAAUCUGAGACUGUACUACGAGAGUCACAAAUAAUUCCUCGUGCUUUCUUAAUUUAUUUCUUAACACCCCCCUAACUACCGAGACCAAAGUGACGUGGGAUCUUGUGUCUGUAUUUUGGCCCCAGCCCGCCUUCAUUUCACAGCUUUAUUCUGUCUGCCCAAGAGAAUCAACUGAGGAUGAUUCUCCCUAGAGAGCAGGAAAGGAAACAUCAGGUUAGAAGGACCCAAGUUUGGGGUGUAACAUGUCGUCAGCCUCCUCUUCAUCGAGACAGACGUAUUAGCUGUGCUCAGUGGACCUUUAUAUAGAGAGUUUAGAAAGACGGGCUGAGCCUCCAUCCCUGUCUUAUCACCAGUUCUACCCUCUUGGCCUAUCUCGAAAGCGUGGUCAGCCUUUUCGUGUGCAUAGUAUUGAAUCACAGAUGCUGGUCCCUCUUGGCCUCCGUCCUGUGCAGCCAGGCAGUGAGCAAGGGGCAGGCGGCCUCUGCCCUGGAAAGAGACACACAGCAUGCUCUGCCCAUCCUCCCUGUGCUGGGGGACGCUUCUGGCCCCAGAUCAGCCUCGCCUGUCCGUCCGAGACGAUGGCUUGCACGCCAGCUCCGGCCUCCCGUGGCCUGGCAGGCUGCCCUUCUCAGAGUCAGCGCGUGGUUUCCGUCGUCAUCUCGACGUUCUAGCUCAGGUACCCCAGUCUUCAUUCCGUCCUCCACCCCAAUGGUGACACCACACCUGUCAGCUCUGCGGGCCUCUCAGAAUCACCACCCAGAACAAGGACCAUGGGGCUGAAUUUUCUUUUAAAAUAAUUGCAACCAGUUUAUGUCCUGGCCCGAAACAAAUUGUUCCCAAGCUCGUGUAUCUAAAAAUGUUGGGACUCCCCCAGCAGUCCAGCAAUUAAGACUCCGUGCUUCCAAUGAAGGGGGCGUGGGUUCAGUCCCUGGUCCGGGAACUAAGAUCCCUCGUGCCGUGCAGCACGGCCAAACGAUAAAAACACAAAUGAUAAAAUGUUAAACUCUGCCUAAAUAUAUUGCAGUGACUUUAGGUAGAAGUGUCAGAGGACACCACGACCUGGUCAGACUAGCACGGUGUCUCCUAACUGUCUGCUUUAGGUUAACCUCUCAGAGAGGGGAAGAGCGCCCCACGAAGUUAUUGGAAAUAACUCUAGCCACAAUCCUCCAGUUUUUCUAAGAACUUUUGAGUCCCCUGAACUGUGGAGAGGCUACAAAGUUUGGAGGGCACUGGAAUUCACUGGCUAGAUGGAUCAAAAUUGUUCCUUUUUUUUUUUUUUGGCUUUGAGACAAUUUCUAUCAAAGGAAGGUUUGCACCUCCGGAAGCUCCCCGAGCUCCCAGCCAAACAGGCCCCCACUGACUGUCCAUCCUCUUCAUCUGUCCCAGGAAGGACCUCCUCCAGGCCAGGUCAGGCCCAGUAUUGGCUUUCUAGCUCUCCUGUCCCUUGAUUAUUCCCCAGGCCCAGCAGUUGUCCGCACCUAAUGCUGUUUGUAACCAUGCAUCCAUUUCCUCGCCUGCCCAUCCCUGUUGCCUCUGAGUUUCUUUGCAUUGUGGCUGUCCCUGAGUUGUCUUAUCUGUUCAGAGUUCUCCUGUAACCUCGCUCUUACGGUUUAACAGUUCUGUGGGUGGAAAUGGCUCCUCGCUUUAACGCUUCUUCUCUUCUAAAGACUGCGUGCAUUCCCUGUGAAAUGAAGCAUUCCUGGAUGACUGGUUAGUGCUGGUGUGUGAGGCUGACCAUGGCAGCCUGGGUGACUCUGUUCAAGUUGUAGAGUCUCACUAAUAUUUUACCUUUUAUAUGAUCGUUGAACGGCACUUCUGUCUGCUCGGAUCUCAGUUCUUUGGAAAGAUACUCAGUGCACCCUAGCAAAGAAGGCUUUCUAUUCCACCGGCUCCUGAAGAAGCAAAAGUAAGGUUACAUUUUAUACUUCACUGACUGGGUGGGGUCUUCCCUCUCCCCUGAGCCCCUUCCACCCAAUGAAGGUAAAACUCUGCUUCCAGGAAAAACUGGGAUCAAGCCUUCCUUGCUAGCCACGUUGUGAUAACGAGCAUAAUGUUCACGUGGUCUUUGCUGCAUUUGGUUUUGUUUUCUGAUUUCAUAUUCCUCGGAGGUACAGUCGGAUGAAAUGCUGAAUUCCAAGUGAAUUCCAGCAAGGAGCUGCCUUUCAGCUUCGGAAAAUAUGCAUCCAAAACAAAGCCAAAUAUGAUUUAAAAAAAAAACAAAAACCAACACAGGUCGGAUUACGGUUCCCGCCCCCACAUGCAGCUGGGGAUUUUGAAUGUGGCUCUAAGAGUUAUCAUUGCUGUCUGUCUGUCGUGUAUGCUGGGUGAUGCCCUCAGUAGGAGUGAUUACUAGACUGUAAGCGUGUUUUAUCAAAGUGUGUAAGAGUAAAGACUCACUUGCACGAAUUGAAAAGUACAGAAAUGACACUUGUGAACGUGUGAACGUUAACACUGUAGUUGAUAGAUCUUAAGCUGCUAAUUGUUGAGAGAAUUACGUUUAUGUUGUGUCUGGUUGCUGCCAGUUCUCAGCAGCACUUUUACUGUACAUACGAAUUUGAAAUAAAGACCUCAGCUAUUAA